AUGUCUACUUCAGGUGAUAACCUUUUGACGGCCCUUAUAUCUGGGUCGACCGCAACAGCGGUAACGUCUACAAUUACUUACCCUCUUGACUUUAUCAAGACGCAGCAGCAAUUAAACAACUACCAGUUGAUGUCCAAGUACAAAAUUCCUAGUAAUUAUCCCAAUUCUUUGGUACAAAUAUUCUGCGGAGGGAGUGCAUUGGUGAUAGGUAACGUUGCUAAAAACCAAGCUAGAUUAAUUUCGUACAAUUGGGCUACCAAGUUCAUGUCGCUAGAGUCUCACCACCAAGAUGAAAAAUUACUGGGUAAGGUAAAGACUAGUGCUCCUAGAAUGGUUAUUGCCGGAGCGAUGAGUGCUUUCAUUGAAACCUUAUUCAUAAUCCCAUUUGAAAACAUAAAAAUUACAAUGAUCCAGAAUAUGUCUUUAACUAAUGAAAUCAAUAGAUCUAGAGCCCAGGCAAACGUACAAGAUGUCACUGGAGCUGUUGUACUUAAUAGACACCAUAAACCUCAUGCGUCUGUUUUUACCAAGCAGUACAUUUCACCAAACGCAUACUACCCCAGCGACUUGUUACAGCAAUAUAAGACUGGUAAAACUUAUGUAAAGGGAGGUGGAAUCACCCAUUCAGACCACCCUCACCUGAAUUGUAAAGGCAAACUAAACAAGGCCGAUAAGUUGAAAAGAAAGUUUAAUAAAGCUCCAACUUUGACCUUCUUGGGUACGGUGAAAGAAAUAUAUUUAUUGAAGGGCUUAAGUGGGUUCACCGCAGGUUCUAUAGUUACCAUGACAAGACAAGUAGCUAUUUCGUCUGUUUGGUUGUCCACGUACAACGCCACUAGACAGCUAUUAGAUCCUCAUAACAAAUCUUCGUCUGGUAUAAAUGAACAACUGUGGUUUGGACAUAAGCAUACCAUGGUGCAACUGAUGGGAUUGCAUUUAUUAUCUUCCAUAGCGGUUAUAGUUGUUACACAGCCACUAGAUGUUAUCAAAUCGCAUAUGCAGCUGAAGAAUGGUAAAAAGAUCUAUAGAGACUCUUUACAUACUGCUUAUAAAAUUUUCUUGAAUCAGGGAAUAACAAAGUUAUGGAGUGGUUCUGUUCCACGUGGUCUUAAGGUAUUCGCCAGCGGUGGACUCACAGCUACGUUUUAUAGUUAUGUCGAGGGGGUUGUCAACGUAGCGGGAGGACAACGAGUAUUUGCAGCCGAAUAG